AUGACCAUCAAGUAUUCCAUUCCCGCAGUCCUGCUUGCUUUGUUGGGCACUGGCUUUGCUCAGAGCGUCGAUGGUGCUCAAUACAACAACCCAACUGCAGGUCCGCCUGCAAGCUUCUUUGCUGCUGCGACGACAAUUCCCGUCGCUGCUUUGCAGACCGCGGCAGCAAAAGCUAGCACUGCCGCAUCGGAUGCAACAUACCCUAUCAAUGGCGACAGUGGUGCUAAGAAAGUGACCAUCCAUAGUGACUGGUCAAAGUUUAGUGAGCAUUUGUCUGGGUCGCAGAUAUGGAUGUUGACUGCGACGGAAUUGAUCACGCGUGCAAGGCAAGCGAAUCAUGGAAACCCUGAUGGACAACCCGAAACCAAUUUUGGUGCUUUGGCAGCCUAUGAAGUACCAUUUAUUGUGAUUCCCGAUAAAUUUGGCACCACAUAUCAGAGUGUACUCACUGGAAACAACAUUGGUGCGAUGUUCUACGGUAUCUACGGUGAUACCGACGGAGAUACUCCGCAGGUGAUUGGAGAGGCGUCUUGGCUAAUGGCUCGAACAUGUUUCCCAAAUGAUGAUUUGAAUGGAAAUAGCGGUCACGGUAAAGUCGAUGUAACUUACAUUCUCUUCACUGGGAAAGAAGCAGUACUCCCCAGCAGCGCGCUCAACAAAAACUACGUCACCAACUUCAGUACACUGCGCUCCAUGGGUGACAAGUUGAUGACUUCUCUCGCAAAGAACUUGAAUCUAGUGAGUGGAGGAUCGUCUCCCACUACCACUACUGGCUCCGUACCUACUGGCGGAUCUUGUUCUUGGGCUGGUCAUUGCGCUGGUGCUUCAUGCUCUAAUGAAAACGAUUGUUCGGAUGACCUUGUUUGCAAGAGCGGGAAAUGUGCUAGCUCUUAA